AUUAUUUUCCGUACCCUGUUUCUAACAUGAAUCCUAAACCCUGAGGAGUAGUGCCGCAAAACAUCAACGGCUAUAUGCCGAGGAAACCAUUCCAUGGCUCUGCACCGCCCGCUCAUAUGCAACUGCAAUUACAAUUCCAAUGAGACAGCAGUUUUCUACCCAAUUCCUGCUCCCCUCCACUCUCCUCUCCCAAACUCCAUUACUACUCCCAUCAUCUCUCUACACAAAGACAUCCAAUCUUUUCUCCUCAUUCUUAAUCCCCUCUAAUGGCCCUGCGAGCAGCAGUCAAACCACCUCAUUCUCCUCUCAAACCCUUUUCUCUCAACACCCUCUCAAUCUCAUCCUCAAUAGCUUCUUCCGUCACCGGCGACCGACUUGCCCACAAACUGUUCGAUCUAUUCUCUCAACCAGCUUCUCUCCGCAACCCUGAUGAGCUCCAAAACCUUGGCCGUAGCCUCCGCCCUGAGACCGUUGAGGCCGUCCUUAAAGACCUCAAGGAGUGGAAAGCGGCCCAUGAUUUCUUUCGAUGGGCCUCAUGGCAAGAUGGAUUUCGUCACAAUUGCUAUACUUACAAUGCCAUGGCCUCGAUCCUCUCUUGGGCCCAACAGAGGUCUCGUCUUCGACCCCUUGUGAAGGAACUGGUGGCCCAACGAUGCCCAGUCAGCCCGGGAGCAUUGGGGUUCUUAAUUCGGUGCCUUGGCAAUCAGAGACUGACUGAUGAGGCGAAUUUUGUGUUUGAGCAUGCUGGUGAUUUGAACUGUGUGCCCAAUUCUUAUACAUAUAAUUGUUUGCUUGAGGCGUUUGCUAAAGAUGGCAAAGUUGAACUGAUGGAAUCAAGGUUUAGGGAGAUGGUAGGAGAUUCAAGAAGAGAGCCCGAUAAGUAUACUCUAACCUCAAUGUUGCAAUGUUAUUGUAAUUCAGAGAAAUUGGACAAAGUGUUGGAUGUUUUCAAUAGGAUCAGUGAUAGAGGGUGGGCUGAUGAGCAUGUUUUCACGAUUCUCAUUGUCUCGUUUUGUAAGUGGGGGAAGAUUGAUCGAGCUUGCGAGUUGGUUGAGAGGAUGGAGAAAAUGGGGAUGAAGAUAAGCGAGAAGACAUUCUCUGUGUUGAUUCCUGGGUUUAUUAGACAUAGGAGAGUGGACAAAUCAUUAGUAAUGUUCGGUAAAAUGAAAAUUUAUGGUUUUCGUGGGACUUUGUCACUCUUCAGUGUCCUGAUUGAGGGAUUGUGUGAAGAGAAGGAGCUUCGAACAGCGAUGGAUUUGUACUUGGAAAUGAAAAAGGAUGAUAUAUCUCCGGAUGUUCGGGUGAUCAAGAAUUUGAUCUCAGCAUUUUGUAGUGAAGGAGACUUGACCACUGCAAAUUGGUUUCUUGAGGAAGAAGGGGAGAAGUUGGAUUUGGGCUCUUUGGUUUUGCUUUAUAAUGCAAUGCUCAAUGGAGUUGUAAAGCAUGGUGACGUUGAAAGAGCCCUUUGUCUGCUAAGGGCAAUGAUGGAUUCCUCGCAAGAGAGAGUGUAUGAGGGCGACGAAGAUAAUUUGGUUAGAAUCAAGAGAGCUGUUAAGCCAAAUGAUGAUUCAUUCAGUACUGUAAUCUGUGGCUUGUGCAAGACUGAAAAGUUGGAUAAGGCUUUAGUUCUUCUGAACGAUAUGAUUAAAAUGGGUUGUAAAGGGAAAUUGUUAAUGUAUAAUGACCUGAUUAAUGCACUCAGCAACAUGGACAGGUUGAUUGAAAGCUAUGAGUUACUGAAAACAAUGAAGGAAUUUGGGUUUGUUCCUACUGAGUUCACAUACAAUUCGAUAUUCUAUUGCCUCUGCAAAAGAGGGGAUUUGACUGCUGCCAUUGAAUUGCUCAAGGAGGUGAGAUCCCAGGGUCAUGUGCCAUGGAUCAAAUAUUGCACUAUAAUGGCACAAGGACUCUGCAAAAAUGGGAAAAUAAAAGAAGCCUCUUGUUUCCUUGAUGACAUGAUUCAAGUGGGUUUUCUUCCAGAUAUGAUUCCAUAUUCUGUGGUUAUUGAUGGAAUGUGCAAGACAGGAGAUGUGGAUGAAGCAUUGGAACUCUUUCGUCGAAUUUCUUCAAAUUAUUAUGUUUUAGAUGUGGUGGCACAUAACAUUCUAAUAAAUGGAUUUUGUAAGGUUGGAAGAUUACAAGAAGCACAGGGGAUUUUGAAAGAAAUGCUAGAGAAGGGACUUGUUCCUUCUGUUGUCACUUAUAACUUGAUGAUAGAUGGAUGGUGCAAAAAUGGCAUGAUCGAUGAAGCAGUCACUUGCUUUAGUACAAUGGUUGGUGAUCAAAAGCAACCUUCGAUCGUCUCCUAUACGAGUUUAAUAGAUGGUUUCUUUAAUGCUGGAAGAGCUGAAGAUGCCAUUGAUAUUUGGAAUCAAAUGAGGGAGAAAGGAUGUGCUCCAAACAGGAUUUCCUAUACUUGUCUUAUCCAUGGAUUGUGUAAGUGUGGCAAAGUAGAUUCUGCCACAUUCUAUUUACAGCAGAUGAAGAAUUGUGGACAUGAACCUGAUACUUUCAUCUAUUUAUUGCUAAUUGAUUCUUUAGCUUUGAAAGGGAAUGCAGUCAAAGCUCUUGAGCUUUUGAAAGAGGUUAUUAAGAAUGGUGGCCUUCUUAAUAAUGGUCCGAAGAGCUUGAGGCUAAUGAGAAAAAUUGCGCUUAGGCUGUAUGGAAAUGCUAGUACUUCUUUGGAUGUGAAGUUUUUUGAUGAAGGAAGAAACAAGCAUUUGAACUGACAGAAAGCUACUCUUCUAAGUCUUCUUUAGCUCCAUGAUUCAGCAGUUUGGGAUGGUUUGUAUUUGGUAUUCAAACUUCACAAUUUGGGUGUGGUGAUAUAUGGAAUCUCUUGUAACAUAUUAUCCAGUGAGAGCAGGUAUUUCACUUUGAUAUUUCCCUUCACUUGUUAGAUUACUUGAGUUUCACUUGUAUUAGAUU